ACACACACACACCCCAACCCCCUGAGUGUUUGUCCUGAGAGCUGGGAGCAGACAGGGAGAGAGAGAGGGGCGAGCACCCAGGACCGACGAAGGAGAGACGACCACCGAAUCUCAGCCUGGGCGAAAGAGAAGGACAGCUGGGGGAGGACAGAGAACCAGGGAGCCAAGAGAAACCGGGGAAACAAGACAGCCAGGGAGCCGAAGGAGGAGUUUUAACCUUUGCGGUGUUUCAUUAGUCCAAGAUGGGUACUUACACGGUCACUCUGAACGGCCCUGCACCAUGGGGCUUCCGACUACAGGGAGGGAAGGACUUCAACAUGCCCCUUACCAUUUCCAGGAUAACCCCAGGUAGCAAGGCGGCUGGGGGCAGUCUGGCCCAGGGAGACAUCAUCUCAGCCAUCGACGGGGUCAGCACCGAGGGGAUGACGCACCUGGAGGCCCAGAACAAGAUCAAGGCUGCCACCUCCAACCUGGCCCUCACCAUGCAGAAAUCAAGACGUCCCGCACCAGUUCCCACAGCAACUCCUAGAAUGGAUUCUCCCAUGCCCGUCAUCCCACACCAGAAGGUCAUUGCAAACACAGCUGCAAAUUUUAACCCCAUAGCUCUGAAAGAUUCGGCCCUGUCCACCCACAAGCCCAUUGAGGUGAGGGGUCCUGGGGGGAAGGCCACCAUCGUACACGCCCAGUACAACACGCCAAUCAGCAUGUACUCUCAGGACGCCAUCAUGGACGCCAUCGCAGGACAGUCGCAGGCCAAGGGACACGAGGGUGAGGAGGCGGGCUCACCCUUGGCUGGUGCCCUGCCUGUUAAGGACCCAGUGAUAGACUGUGCAUCCCCAGUGUAUCAGGCAGUGAUCAGGCCAGGUGACAGGAGCCAGGAAAUGGCGGAAUGGGCCCGCCGUGCUGCCAACCUGCAAUCCAAGAGCUUCAGGAUCUUAGCUCACAUCACUGGCACUGAAUACAUGCAAGACCCAGAUGAGGAGGCCCUACAGAAGUCAAGAGAGAAAUUUGAGUCCGAGAUGAAGGGCCCUCGUUUUGCCAAACUGAAGAACUGGCACCAUGGACUGUCGGCACAGAUCCUCAACAUCCAGGAGUAAAGACAAACAGAGGGAGGAGAGACAGACAGACAGACAGACAGACAGACAGACAGACAGGUGAACACAAGAUUGGAAAAUGUAUAUGGCAGCACGGUAGGGUGAAAAGGAGGAGAGAGAGCAAAUAUAAUGAGGUGAGGAGCAGAAGAGGAAGAGACAGGGACUCCUUGGUAAUGCGAGUUAAUGUGUUGGCCUAGAUCAGUAGAUUGCAAGAUACUAACUGUUAGUGAGAGUGCUUUUCUGUUCAUCUGUUAAUACGCUCCAUAUGACCCGUACCUGUCCCAUGUAUCUAUCUACUGCUAAGACCUACCCUCCCUUCUAGUCUGGUUCCUUUUUUUUUUUCUUUUUUUUUUCCGGGUCCCGUCUCUCGUAAGUGAAAGGCGAUUGUACAAAAAAAAAAUGUCGAGUGAAACUGUAAGACUGAUCACGUACCGUUUAAUGUCCCUGUAGGUGCACAGUACACACUGAGUUGGAUAUGUCACAGAGCAUGUUUUUGAGAGGGCGCAUGAAGACAAAUACACUCCCUUACUUUAUCCAAAUGCACAGAAACUGUAAAAAUGCACACGGCAAAUGUAUGAAGAGCAAUGUGAAUAAAUAUUUUCUCUAAA